CCCUCAUGAGUGAGACAGCAUCUUUAGUAAGAACCUUUAUUUUCCGACUCGGUGCGAGUCAUUAAAUAUAUAUCAUAGUCACGUGACAUUCCUCUACGUGAUCAGCGUCACCUGCUCUAGUCGGAGACAGGAAAGAUGGCGCCGGCAGAGACAGGUCCCAGCAUCUCCGCGGUUGUGGCGGCGGUUCUCGGCCUGCUCUGUCUCCUGAACACCGGGCAGUGUGACGAGCAGGUGCCGCUGCUGAUGUGGACCAGCGAGGGGGUCUCCGUUCCACAUCAGUCUUCUCCAGUAGCAGGACAUAUCAUUGGACAGCAGCAGCUGGCCUUUUACCUGGAGAAGGCUCUGGACAUCGGCCCACGCAAUGUUGUGCUAUUCUUUCAGGAUAAGCUGAGCAUUGAGGACUUCACCUUGUAUGGAGGGGUCUUUGGAAACAAGCAGGACAGUGUUUUUCCCAACCUUGAGGGAGCUCUCCGGGCCGCCUCCUCUCCUCUAGUCUUGCCUUCUGUGGCUUGGCCUGCUUCCAGUGCAGUGAUUGGUCAGCUGCAGGACCAGCUGGACACGUCUCCAUUAUACAUGGACCCCGAGACUUUGAGCCAGCUCAGACUCAAUGCUUCAUCUCCCGCCUUGUUGGUGUUCAGGUUGCCCUACAGCAUCGGGGCUGAUCUGCUGUCGGCAAAAGAAGUUCUCAGUGGAAACGAUGAGGUGAUUGGUCAGGUGCUGAGCAUCAUGAAGAGCCAGUCUGUUCCGUACACCGCCAUCUAUACCGGCCUGCGGCCCUCCAGGGAGUCGGUUUCUCUGUCUACUGAGACGGUCCCAGGAGGAGGACGGUCCCUGCUGCAGGCCAGAGGAGGAUACCGGGAGAGAGAGAGGGAGCAAGAGCGACAACGAAAGAUGAACGAGAGAGCAGGCAUCUACGCUCCUGUGGAGUUUAAGAAGGAGGAUAGAACCUGCCUCCUCCUGUGGGCCAAAAGCCUGUCGGUCAGCAUCCUCCGGAGUGGUCGCUGGGAAGACCAUGACCUGACCUCCUCUACCUUUGGUGAAGGUGCUCAACUUCAACUUCACGGCUCUGCUUGUGACAAAGACAAAGGAAGGUUGGUCCUCAACUACGAGAACGUCCUCGGCCACCGGAGCUUCAAGCUGAUCUUUGCCAUGAGUCAGCGUCUCCAUAAGGUGUCUGCUCGUCGCUGGUUCACUCUGGACUCGGUGCAGCUGGAGUACGACGGCAUCAAGGCCACUUUUAAUGGCAGCAGGUCCAUCUACGCCCCAGCUGAGUACUCGUACCGCUGUGAGUCUGUGACCAACUUCCGCUGGCCUCUGCUCAUCCCACGUUCUUCCAAGGAUCCGUCCAACCAGUGGAGGGUCUCGUUUGAGGACUUCCAGAUCCAAGGCUUUAACGUGACUGGGAGUGACUUCUCCUACGCCAGCGACUGCUCAGGCUUCUUCUCCCCGGGCAUCUGGAUGGGUCUGAUGACCAGUCUCCUCCUGGUUCUGGUGCUCACGUAUGGUCUACACAUGAUCAUGCAGCUCUGUACCAUGGACCGGUUCGAUGACCCCAAAGGGCCGGCUAUAUCCGUGCCCCAGACGGAGUAACGGGCCGUGGGAUGUCUCCUCCUGUAGUUUGCUGUUGUAGUAUGUAGUGUCGUGUCACGUGCAGUCAUGUUGAUGUUUCAGGCUUUAGGUCAAAGGUGAACUUCUUAAAUGUUACAGGCUGUUUUAUUUCUAAACUUCACCAGACUGAAGUGAAGAAGCCUUCUGAGGUUUGUUAAAUGAUGGCGUGUGUGUGUGUGACACACUGAUGAGAACUUAAGACUAUUUAUUGCUGUAAUUAGUGCAACGUUAUUUAUUGUGCUUUUUGUAAUCACAGCAACAUCUAGCUGCUGUGCAUUGUGUGUGUGUGUGUGUGUGUGUACAAAUAAUAUUAAAUAUCAGAUGGUG